UGUUUACAAACACAAGUCUCCUCCUCCGUUGCUCUGGAACGAUCGCGCAAUCCACCCUUCGGCCUUUAAAUCGCCCAGAAAAUGCCCUCCAGCCUGUAAAACGACAGCAGCAGUCCUGUUUGCCGUUCAGUGUGUUAAGUGCAAGUGUCCUCAGGUGAAAUGGCCACCCGCGAGAACCGCCUACGGAAGCAACCCUGCUCGCUGUACAAUUCGUGCGUGCGCUUUGUCGCACGCAACUUGAAAAGGUACAAACACGCAGAAUUUUUGGACCGCAUUCCGCCUAUGAUCAAAAACUCGAUCAUAGUGAACGUGACCCGUGCCCAAAAGGGCUUUCACGACGACGAGCUGCUCGGAAUGUUGCUGAACCGACAGCUGACGCGGAUCAACCUGUCCAGCUCGACCAUUACGGACGCAACGUUGCUGGCACUGGCAGGCCAGUGUCCGAACCUGAAAAGUUUGAUUCUUACCCAGGGCGAGUACCGAUUCACCGGAACGGGCCUUGCGGCUGUCGUCCAAAGCUUUCCCCUGCUGGAACAGCUAUCCGUCAAGGAGUGUGACCUCGUAGACGAUGGGUUCGUGGCCGACCUGGCGCACAACUGUCCGCAGCUGGAUCUGCUCGAUCUGGAAUCUUGUGCUCACGUAACGGACGCGUCCGCCGAGGCGAUCAAGCCGCUUCAGUUGACCAAGCUGAAUCUGUCGCGGACAAAGAUCUCGGACGAGUUUCUGAGCGCGAUUGCCCACGAACGGUGCGGCGGAACGCUGGAGGAUUUGAAUGUGGGCUACUGUAAGAUCUCCGGUGCGGGGCUGGGGAAGCUGCCCUGGGAGACUAUCAAGUACAUUGGCUUCGAGGGCUGCGAGGUGGAUGAUCUCGAGUUCAUCGGCAUGAACAAGAACCUCAAAUACAUCCAGUGGACGAUAGCCAACUGAUGGAUAUUCCGCCACGCCCAGUGGUCCUGCAAUAUUUAACCAACGAGCGCGUGAUUCUUAUAACAGAUGACAAGAGAGAGAGUUUAAUUUUUAAUAUUUUUAACUAACCCAUAACGAACAAACCCCAUACUAACUUACCUAUAUUUAUAUGCUGAUCGUCUGAGACGAUCAGACCCUUUGUUUUACAACUCCAGUGUGUUCCCAUACUAACAACGUCGUGUUUUUAUUCGUUUGUGCGUUCGUUUUAUAGAGUUACUACUGCUAUUACUACCAGUGUGAUAUGUGACACAUACUAAUCCCAGUUUUGAAUGCACUUCGGAUUCCCGAUUUUAGGAACCUUACACCAAAAUACGAAAACGAUUUGAAAAACAUGAAAAUCUCAAAGCAAUUACUAUAUAUUUAUCCUUAUCUAAAUAUAUAUUAUAUACAAAACUAAAUACAACUCACAGUAUUCGUACUACUCUCACUUUAAAUUUAAUGCACUCCAAGCAAAUAAUGUGGACAAGCGUAAUGAAGAAAAAUUAAAUAGGCACUCAAAAGGCACAUAUUUUAAUACUAUUUAUCGAGACUACAACAAUCUAAAUUCAAUCAUCGAAAGCUAAAUAAAAUUCUGAAUCGAUAAGAAAAAAAAUGCCUACGAAACAAAAGAAAUAUAUUUUAACAGCACAAGAAAACAAAAACCAUUGAUAGUGAAACAUUUUCGAGGACCAAUCACUCUAUUCACUCUUCUUCCUAACUAUCUUUCUCCCUUUCAAAUUUCAUGAAAAAUACACCAAGAAAAAACUACGGCUUGAAAAUGUUCAACUUUUAAUAUUUUUUUAAACUGUAAAUAAGUAAUAAAAGUUGACCACUUUUUUUCGCCACCGUUUUCUAUUACAAAAGAAACAAAGGAACCCCUAUUCAAAUCACAAGUUGCCCAAUUUUUAAAGAUUUUAUCAAAAACACAACAGAAAAAAUCAACCUACCAAAACCGAAAUAUGAUAAAUGAAGACUCCACUCUGAAUUCUCUGCAGUAAAAAAGAAAACUAAAGGAAAUUUGAUUCAUUUGAUGACCAAUCUUUCAAAAGAAUCCUGAAAAAACGUGUAAAAUUAACCGCAGCGAUGAUUCGUUGAAUCACGAUGAAAGUGCGUCAAAUGUGGCUAAUUUCCGACAAAACGUUUUGUUUUUUUUCAGUGUUUGAAUUUUUAAAAACAUCUAUGUAAUACAAAAAAAAACUAUAUUCAAGGACCAGUGGCUAGCAAGCAAACUAACUCUAGAACAAUAGCACGCGCGAAUAGGCUAAACUAAAUACAACUAUAUUAAAACUUUUAAAAACCCUAGGCAAGUAAAAGUGAUAAUCGCAAGCAUUUAGUACGGAGCAACUAUUUGAUCAAAUCAAAAAUAUAUACUACAAAUAAAAUUAUAAUCUUACAAAGUUUGACCUAAAUUUAUAGAGUGUGUAUUGCAACAAAUCUAAACUGUUGGGAAUUUAAUUAACUUACUUUUCAAAAGCAAUUAGAGCAUAAUUCAAACACUAUAUAUGCUAACCAAUCGUCACACAAACACACUAACGCCCCUUCUCCUAUUGUUGUGGAUGUUAAAAACUUCUAACGUGCUGUCUCUCUGUUAGUUUAACAAACAUUAACUUUACCUAAUUGUAACUGUUCGAGAAAGACGGAAGGAAACAAAUAACACAUUGAAAUUAUAACACCACAAAAACGAAACAAAACUAAAAACUAAAACGGAAUUUUAGCGCCAGUAGUUUUGAAGAGGAUCAAAAAGUAGAGAAAAUUUUAGACGCGAUAAUCAAAUGGAUUUAUACAAACAAACAAAGCA